CUAUCGGAUGCUGCCCCUGUCGCUCGGCUCAGUUGUUGCUCUUUGGCCCACCCGAUUGGCUGCCAAUCGACGCUACCGGUAGCUCGUGUACGUGGCCACGGUUUGAAACGCGAAACAUGAACCUGCUCGUCGGUGGUUCUUCGAUGGCAUUGGCAGCUCUUCUGCUGACAUUGGCCGCUCUGCAAGUCGCUGUAGCGCAGAACACCUGCACGGACCGGUGUGUACCGAUCAAGAACUGUCUUCACAAUGAGGAUGAUCCUCCACCGGAAGUAGAUUUGCGUGUUGGACAGGAUGACUCGGACGUCGUUGGACAGUGUGCCCACUAUCUGGAUGUGUGCUGUCCGGAGGACAGUGUUGUCGAAGAUCCUAGCACCCACCAAUCGACCGACCAGUCGACGACGGUAGCGGAAAAGUUCCUACCCUGCGGUCUCCGUAAUCCGGAUGGCGUUGGGUUCCGGCUCGGUGGUUCCAAGGUUGAUGAGGCAGAAUUCGGCGAAUUCCCCUGGACCUUACUGGUGAUGGAGAUGACGGAGCUGUUUGGCGAACGGAAGGAGGUGUACGUUUGCGUUGCAUCCUUGCUGGCACCGAACGUGGCCCUGACGGUGGCCCAUUGCGUCGUAAACAGGACGGCCACCGAUCUGGUAGUGCGCGCAGGUGAAUGGGACACUCGCAGUGAUUCGGAGCUGCUGGCGACUCAGGACAGCAACGUAAAGGAGGUGCACAUUCACGAGCGAUACAACAAACACCAUCACUACGAUGUGGCACUGCUCGUCCUGGCGAAACCCUUCUAUCCGGCCGAAAACGUCCAAACGAUCUGUUUGCCACCGCCGGGUGUGCGGCCACCGGUCGGUACCGAGUGUAUUACCGGCGGCUGGGGUAAGGACAAGUUCGGGAAGGCCGGUGUCUACCAGCAGAUCCUCAAGCGUGUCACGCUACCGAUCGUGGAGUCGGCCGAAUGUCAGAAAGCGCUACGGAAGACGCGCCUCGGUGCCAAGUACACGCUGCAUAAUACGUUCUUGUGCGCCGGUGGCCGUGAAGGGGCCGAUGUUUGUUCGGGUGAUGGUGGGGCCGCACUGGUCUGUGCAGUGCCCGGUAGCGAGGCCACUUUCUAUCAGGCCGGUGUGGUGGCUUGGGGUAUUGGAUGUGGAGAUGCAAACAUUCCCGGCGUUUAUGCCAAUGUUGCGCCCGUGCGUGAAUGGAUCGUUGACAAUCUGAAGUCGAUGGGCGUUGAUCCUGUGUUCUACGAAACGACGUCCUAAACGAUGAGGGCAUUUUCUGUACAAACGAUAACUGUUCGCUAAAAAAUAAAGCUAAGCGAAUACUGCCUCCAGGACAUUCACUGUUUAUCUGUCAUGUUCUUUUCUUGUAGAUUUAUGUCCAAAUAAGAAUUCAAGCAGCUGCGUAAAAAAGAAUAUGUAGCAAUAGCCCCCAUCUUACUCGUCUUAUCUCGCGUGUUUAGAAUUGGUGCACAAAGUAGAGCACCAGAUGACCUGGCCGAAAACAAGGUUAUCAAGG